AUGAAUAUAGAUUUAAUCGAUAAAACAAUUAACGGAAGAAAUGUCUUGAAAAUAAUUCUUGACUGGUUUGAUAGAUUUAUAGUUUUAAUUUAUAACCAUUCGAAAGAUAAAGAUAAUGAACAACACAGAAAUAUCAUAUUAAUUAGAUUUAUUAGUAGAAAUGAAAAUGAAAUUGUAAUACCAGAUACAGUCGAUACUCAAUAUCAAUUAAUAAUAAUAAGAAAAAAAUAUACCAGAAUGUUUAUAUAUACAAAGUCAUUAAACAAAUCACAAUCAUACACUAUCACUCCUAUUGAAAUUAUACCCAAUACAAACAAACACAAUCUUGACUAUUUUCAACAAACACAUGUCAUUAAAAAAAAACGAUAUCAUUCAAUAUCAAGAUUUCCAAACAGUAAUGCUAUCAAUGAUGUAUAUUUAGUGGGUGGCACUGAUCAAAGAUUGGUAAGAUCAUUUUUCAAAAUAAACUAUAAAGAUAACCAGAAAUCUUAUGAAAGAGCUGAGAAUGAAAUCAAAGCAAUGAAAUUACUCAAAGAUAAUCCAAGAUUUGUUCAACUUGUUGACUAUCAUCAUGAUAAAGACAAUCAAAUCUUUCAUAUCAUCACUAAAUAUUGUGAUGGUGGUGAUCUUUCUCAAAAGUAUCAACAUUUAACUGAUCAAAAUGAAACCUUUCAAGAAUCAGAUAUUAGUUCAUAUAUUUCACAACUUUUCAAUAUUCUUUUGGAUCUUGAUAAACAUGGAAUUGUUCAUUGUGACAUUAAACCAUCAAACAUAUUCAUUGAUGAUAAUUAUAAUAGUACUUUGAUGCUUGGUGAUUUUGGAUGUUGCAAAUUCAUUGAUAAAUCGAAUAUCGCUGAAUAUCAAGAUACAAAACAAUACCUUCUUGAAACAAAUGAUUAUAAUAUGAAAUGUAUCGAUCAUGAAAUAUCAUAUCCAUCCAUUUUUGAAAUGAACACACUUAUAAAUGCAACUCGUGGAUCACCUGGUUAUAUUUCACCAGAAGCAAUGAACAGACAAUAUGCACAAUCAUGUGACAUCUUUUCAAUUGGAUCAACAAUUCUCAAAUUAUUAUGUUGUCAUCAAGAUGAUCGAAAUAAUCAUGAUCUAUUUAAAUCAAAUAGUGAAAUUAUCAUUUCACAUUCCAGAUAUUCAAAACAAUUGAUUGAUUUUAUUCAUCGAUUGUUGGAUCGAAGUCCAAAGAAUAGAGAAUCAUUGAAUCAAUUAUUAAACCAAUAUAUUGAAACUGUCACAAAUAAUCAUUCAAUUACAUUUAAUUUAGAUACUACAUUCCAAAAUACCUCUGUCUAUGUUACUGAUAUUAAAUUUGGUGACAAAUUUAAUCAACCAUUGAAAUCUAAUUCACUCCCUCCAAAUCUUACAUCAUUAUCAUUUGGUAAUAAAUUCGACCAACCACUUAUUGAUGUACCUCCAUAUUCAUUCAAAAAAUUAAUAUUGCAUCGAUUUUUCAAUCAAAUACGACCAAAAGGUGUGUUACCAGAAUCACUGAAAUCAUUGGUGUUUGGAAAAGAAUUCAAUCAAAAAUUAUCAGUUGGUGUGUUACCAGAAUCACUUGAAUUAUUGGUGUUUGGUAAUGAAUUCAAUCAAAUAUUAUCAGUCGUCGGUGUAUUACCAAAAUCACUUGAAUCAUUGGAGUUUGGAUAUAAAUUCAAUCAAAUAUUAUCAGUUGGUGUAUUACCUAAAUCACUGAAAUCAUUGGUGUUUGGAGUUGUUUUCAAUCAAAUAUUAUCAGUUGGUGUGUUACCUGAAUCACUGGAAUCAUUGGUGUUUGGAUAUGGAUUCAAUCAAAAAUUAUCAGUCGGUGUGUUACCUGAAUCACUGAAAUCAUUGGUAUUUGGUGGAUUCAAUCAAAUAUUAUCAGUUGGUGUAUUACCUGAAUCACUUGAAUCAUUGGUGUUUGGAGGUGCACUCAAUCAAAUAUUAUCAGUUGGUGUGUUACCUGAAUCACUGAAAUCAUUGGUGUUUGGUGUUGAAUUCAAUCAAAUAUUAUCAGUCGGUGUGUUACCUGAAUCACUUGAAUCAUUGGUGUUUGGAAAUGAAUUCAAUCAAAUACUAUCAGUUGGUGUGUUACCUAAAUCACUGAAAUCAUUGGAGUUUGGUUGGGAAUUCAAUCAAAUAUUAUCAGUUGGUGUGUUACCUGAAUCACUUGAAUCAUUAACAAUGAUGAGAUAUGCUCAUAGAAUGGAGAGAGGAGUUCUACCACAACAAAUAAAAGAGAUAUGUUGCAAUUUUAAUCAACCAUUGGAUAUUGGAGUUCUUCCAUCAUCUCUUCAAAGAAUAGAUAUUCUAGACUUAAGGCGUAAAUCAAAUGAAGUUCAAAUAUUAAAAUUAAUUCAACCACUCAUCAUUGGUAUUUAUGAUAAAGACGUGAUGCAAAGAAUACCUUCAAAUAUAAAAACAAUCAAAAUUACAGUUGGCUCUAAAACUACAAUAUUUGAAGCAUUUAUACUCACAAAUUCUCAUGAAUCACUUCAAUUUAUUCAAGAAUUCAAUCCAGAAUAUUAUUCAACACAGAUCAAGUACUCCUCUUUUAAUUCUUCGAUCAAUCAAAUUUCAGGAGAAUACAUAUUUGGCCUAAUUUUAACCGAUAAGUCCUAUUUAAAUUCAAAUUUGAUAGAUAUUUAUCCUUCUUCACCCAACAAAUCAGAUUUAAUCAAUGAGUAUAUAAUAUAUAUAUAUCGAAUGAAGAGUGCAAUAAAGAGAAACUUUUUGAAAUUCACAGGUCGUUUGGGUUUCAAUAGAGGUCAGAUCAGUGGUAAUAAUGUUCCUGAUGAACCUGAAGUGAUAGGUCCUGAUCUACCAAAAGAGAAUCUACCUAAAGAACCUGUAGAGUUUGAAAGAGAUGAAUUCGAUCAUCGAAUACAAUUGUUUAGAUCUUAUCUGGUAUCAUUAUCAUUGACUGCUGUCAAAGAUGAAAUCAACAAUGAGACUACCACAACAACCAAUAACAAUAAUAAUAUAUCUAAUAGUGCAAGCAAUACAAGUAUAGUAAAGAGCAACAGUGCAAGCAAUAGUAGUUUCAACCUUUCCAACAUAUAUAUACCAAAUGAUUUGAUUCAUGCAAUCUUUUGUACACUCAUAUCCAACUCUAACAUGUUAAUCGAUACAUCUCAUAUAAACAAUAAUAAUAAUAAUAAUAACCGUAUCUAUCAUCGUCAACCAAUAGAAAAACAAAGUAAUUGCAGUAUUCUAUCAAAGGCAAUUCCUAUUAUGAGUGGUUUAAGUUGUGCUUAUAUAAGUUGUACGAAUACAACAACACCAGAAGAGUUGGUGCAACAGUUAUUUCUUCAGAUUCCUUCGGAUGCUGCCACCACAGCUGCCUUGAUGUUAAAGAAUAACAAGAGAUUGAAUAAUAUCAACAACAGUAAUAAUAGCAACAAUUAUAAUUGUGGAAGUAACAACAGCAGCAAUAAUAAUUUAGAACAAUCUUUAUCUUUAACAAAGUCAUUAGAGACACCACCUCUCACACGAUCACGUAACGAAUCGGUCGGAUCGUCAAGUUCACAACAGAAUCAAAACUCAGCAAACACAAGACAAAGAACAGAAGCCAACUAUAAGAUGGUAGAUAUACUACUUGUCGAUGACAUCGAUAUUGCACCAAUGCCAACUCGUUAUACAUUACUGCAAAUGAUGACAUACCGCAAGGUUGCAUUCAAAGGUAUCACCUACAACACACCUUCAUCUCUCAGUAUCAUCGCAACAGCAUCAUCUCUCUCCAAUCCAAACAUAAUUUCACCAACAAUCGAACCAUUAUCACCAUUAAUGUUAGAUUGUUUCUUUAUAAAUAUUAGAUUAUAUGAACAACUUAGAUUACCACAGAUAAAGUUGGAAACAGAUCCUUUGAUAUCAACACCAGAAUCUCACUAUAUAGUUACACCAUCACGUUUACACAAUCUUCGUCAACUCUUACCAAAGAUAUAUAUUACACAUGACAUUGAACAAUAUAUGAGAACCAUCAUUGUAAAUCUAAGAAAUCAUCCACUUGUCACAUUCGGUCCUUCACCACGUGCCACGCCAACACUGACAUCAGCAUCCAAGAUAGUUGGCAUGCUCUCUGGUCAGAAGUUUGUUACUCCCACACACAUCUUGAUGAUUGCAGCACAGGUAUUGAAUCACAGAAUCUUCCUAUCGAAUCCAUUCCCUUUGGAACACCAACAACACAGCCCACGCGAUGAUGAUCCACUUCAGAACUCUCCAUCAGGCUCACCCAAUUCUGGAACACCAUCGAUCAACGUCAACAACGAUAGCAAUGCAUCGUACCACAACGAUCCAUUCUCAUCUAGCUCUUCGAUUCCAACCAGCAUGAAAAUUCAGAAACCAACACUAUCGAUCCUUUCACAAGCAACUCUACUACCACCUCCACCCAUCUCAAUCGUCGACACCAGUGCCGAUCUAAACAUAAAGAGUAGUGUUGAACUUAGCCAAAUGAAACGAUCGACUCUAAGCAACCAGGAGUUUGAAAGAGAUUUCGAUUCAUUCAGUGUAAUAAAGAUUAUUUUGGAGAACUUGGCACCUCCUCUUUAA